AUGAACGACUCGAAUUCCUCGGGGUUGGCGUGUCUGACGGACGGGCCGGUGGCGCCGGCGACCCGCCGGUACACGCUGGGCACCACGGUGGUUCUCUCCGUGCUGGUCAGCAUCACGGUCCUGCUCAGCAUCACCGGGAACAUCUUCAUCUGCGUGGCCGUCACCAGCGAGAGGAAACUGCGCUCCGUUCAUAACCGGUACCUUGUGUCGCUGGCGGUGUCUGACCUGAUGGUGGGGCUGGUGAUCAUGCCGCCCGCCCUGGUGACGGAGCUGCUGGGGUACUGGUUCUUCGGGGAGGCGCUGUGCGGCGUGUUCCUGGCCGUGGACAUCUUCGCCUGCACCGCUUCCAUCAUCAACCUGUGCGCUAUCAGCUUAGACAGGUACUGGUCGGUCGCACGCCCUGCGGACUACAGGCGGCAGGGGCUGUCUCGCAAGCGGGUGAGGCUCGCCAUCGUGGCCGUGUGGGUCACCUCAGCCGCCAUCUGCCUCCCCUCGCUUGUGGGCUGGACAAACGACAUGUACUGGUCGGUCGCACGCCCUGCGGACUACAGGCGGCAGGGGCUGUCUCGCAAGCGGGUGAGGCUCGCCAUCGUGGCCGUGUGGGUCACCUCAGCCGCCAUCUGCCUCCCCUCGCUUGUGGGCUGGACAAACGACAUGUACAUUGAUAACCAGCAGCUUCCCCAGUGUGAGUACACUAACAACAUCGGGUACGUGGUCUACUCUACUGUGGGAUCCUUCUACCUGCCGCUGGUCAUCAUGACAGUCGCCUACGUACGCGUGUGCUGGGCUGUCAAGGACAGGAUCCUGCGGAAUCAGCGACGCAAGAUGAUCCCUUUGAAGACCCUCAACGGCAACAACAAGCGCAAGGAGGCGGCCAUAGCAGAGGGAGUGUCCGGAAACAUUUGUCACACCACAGACGAGAAAGACAGUGACGACCAGCUCGAAGAAGCGAUUCAGGACGAAGAGAAUCGGAACGUCUUGACCGUUCCCCCGGACGGCGUGCGCAGGACAGCGGGACGGAGCAGGCACCAACAACAGUCCGGAGGCACCGAGCUCCAACAUGGCGGCAACACCCGGCUUUUGUGUUGUCGGAAAGAAAGCGACCCAGAUGAAAACACAAAGAGCACAACGGAGCGCACCCAGAAGAGCACCCAGCGCAGUUGUGCCGAAAACGGCAAAGAAAAGCAGAAUGGCCCAAACAAUCUCCUCCUGAGCGCAGUUGUGCUACACGAAAGGUCGCUCCUGUCGUUCUCAGUAAGCUCAGCGACAACCAGUUCUCUGCCAAACCCCCACAGACCAGGGGAUUGCUCGAAACUCGAGAAAAGACUGUCACUACCCGAGCUACGGGACACAAAGACUGUUGACCAACCCGAGUCCGGCGUCAGGCCGGAGGGAAACACACGCUCUAUGGAGUACAUGGUCAUAGUCCACCCUCCUCCAUCCGCGGAGGAACAAAACCAGCAAGAAGCUCCUCCUCCUACUUCCAAAAGCUUGACAACAACGCCAAAGAAGAAAGUGAACAUGCUGUCUCCCCAUGUCAGAAAACAGAGAGACUGCAGGAGGCGCAUAGAGAUAGAACAUGACCUGGAAGACCUGACAUCUACUUUCUCCAACAUCGCCCACAACGACCUCAUCAUCAAAGACGACAAGGAGUUGUCCAAACUCCACCGCCUGGUCCACUGCCACAACCCAAACGUCCUGAGGAAGAGACUCAUGGGCAACAGGGAUAGACGGUUGAUAGUUGUGGUGGGGAUCAUCAUGAGCGUGUUCGUGCUCUGCUGGCUGCCCUUCUUCCUGACGUACGUUGUCCAGACGGCAUGCGGCAGCUGCGACGUCCCCGAGCCGCUCUUCAAGUUCUUCACCUGGCUGGGCUACUGCAACAGCUCCCUCAACCCCGUCCUCUACACAAUCUUCAACAGGGACUUCCGCAAGGUGUUCUACAAAAAGAUUCUAAGACGUGAACUCGCUAAGUAGAAGUGCCAUCAACUACACUUAUUCGUUUUCAGAGGUUAGCCUACUUUAAGGCAAAAUUGUAAGUUAUGUGAAUCUAUGUACAGGUGUGAAUUAGUGUUCAGUUCUAUACGUCUCAUUGAAUGUCUUUUUUUGUAACUUUUUGCCGUAAUGACCAUAAAU